AUGUUAUUGUCAGAGAGAAAGAAAAGUGGGGCCACGUUCACUCUUUUGGGCUUCUCAGAUUACCCAGAACUGCAGAUUCCCCUUUUCUUGGCAUUUCUGGCCAUCUACAGUGUCACUGUUGUAGGGAGUCUUGGAAUGAUUGCAAUCAUCAAAAUUAACCCCAUAUUGCAUACCCCCACGUACUUUUUCCUCAGCCACCUCUCAUUUGUGGAUUUUUGCUAUUCUUCCAUUGUUGCUCCCAAGAUGCUGGUGAACCUAGUUAUAAAAGACAGAACCAUUUCAUUUUUAGGAUGCAUAGUGCAAUUCUUUUUCUUUUGUACCUUUGUGGUGACUGAAAUUUUUUUAUUAGCUAUAAUGGUCUAUGACCACUCUGUUGCAGUUUGCAACCCCCUGCUCUACACAGUGGCAAUGUCCCAGAGACUCUGUGCUAUGCUGGUGGUGGGAUCAUAUGCAUGGGGAGUAGUGUGUUCCUUGAUACUCACAUGCUCUGCUUUGAAAUUAUCUUUUCAUGGCUUCCACACAAUCAAUCACUUCUGCGAGUUCUCCUCACUUCUCUCUCUUUCUUGCUCUGAUACUUCUCUCAGCCAGUUGCUGCUUUUCAUCGUUGUUACUUUUAACGAAGAGAGUACAUUACUCAUCAUUCUCACUUCUUACGUAUUCAUUGUUGUCAUCAUCUUGAAAAUGCAUUCAGUUAGUGGUCAUCGUAAGGUGUUCUCUACCUGUGCUUCUCGUCUGUCUGCCAUCACCAUCUUCCAUGGCACCAUCCUCUUCCUCUACUGUGUGCCCAACUUUAAAAAUUCUGGGCACACCGUCGAAGUAGCCUCUGUGGUGACCCCCAUGUUGAAUCCCUUGAUCUACAGUCUGAGGAGUAAGGAUGUCAAGAAUACAGUCAGCAAGAUAAUGGACACUAAAUUCUUUUCUCAUUGA